CUCCCGUUGUCCCCUCCCCAUUAAAGGUGCGGCAAAGCAACAGGUGCUCAAGGUGACAUCGUCGGCGAAAGCAAUACCGCUAUUGGAAACAUUUUAUUAACGCUUUUUAAGAAUAACUGGAACAAAUAGUUUUUACGUAAUUUAAAAUAAACCCGGAUUACUAUUUUUUUAUUCUUUUACCUUUCGAUUUAGACUCGGUGUGAGAUUUUGAACAGGUGGACGUCGCCUCCCCCAUUUUUGAAGUCAGGUCGUCGUCGAAGAGGAAGAAGAGAAAAUGGCCAACUCCGGUUUGCAGAUGUUGGGAUUCGUCCUGGCGCUUCUGGGCUUAAUUGGCUUGGUAGUGGGCACAAUUCUGCCCCAGUGGAAGAUGUCGGCCUAUGUCGGGGACAACAUCAUCACAGCAGUGGCUAUGUACGAAGGCCUUUGGAUGUCUUGUGCCUUCCAAAGCACAGGCCAGAUCCAAUGCAAAGUCUACGACUCCAUCCUCCAGCUCAACAGUGCCCUUCAGGCAACACGGGCACUCAUGAUUGUGAGCAUUAUCGUCACGCUGGCCGGCCUGGGCGCAGCCUGCAUGGGGAUGAAGUGCACCAACUGUGGCGGAGAUGAUAAAACACGCAAGUCUCGCAUUGCCAUGACAGGCGGGAUUAUCUUACUGAUUGGAGCUUUGUGCGCCAUUAUUGCCUGUUCUUGGUAUGCUCACGAUAUCAUCCAAGCCUUCUACAACCCUUUCACUCCAGUCAACACCAAGUAUGAGUUUGGGUCGGCCGUCUUCAUUGCCUGGGCUGGAGCCUUCUUGGUUGUAAUCGGGGGUGGCAUGCUGGCAGCUUCUUGCCCAAGAGGCAAAUCUACACCAAAGUAUCCCAUCUCCAGACCUCCUAGCAGCACCAAGGAAUAUGUUUGAGCAAGAUGAGAAAGAAAGAUAAUGACUAUAGGAACCCCUUACAAGCAGCAUAAUUAAUCUCGGAACUAGUCAAAAAGACAUCCGUAUUUUCAUAACUUCAGGGCAAUGUUUAAAUGUUACUGUAACAUUUUUAAGUGUCUUAAAGUUGUUAGCGACUCAAGAGACCACAUCAACAUUGUCUGAAUUUUUGCAAUCAAAUCUUAGAUUUGUAUCUUAAUCUUGGGCACACAAUUUUGAAUGAAUGGAGGCCAAAACACUAUCCCAUUCGGCAUGUUUAAAACUAGAUGCCAUGUUACGCUGUGUACUUGGACCAGUGUUUUAUAAUGUUGGGUGUUAGAGAGAGAAUGAGGACAUCGAGCAGCAAAGAUUCAAAACUUUUCACAACUGCCAGGCUGCUUACAAAUCAAUCAUCUGGCACCUGAGAAGCAAGAUUACAAAUUUCCUUUGUUUGGGCUUUUUAUUUAUGUGAACAAAAACAAUGAUUUACAACCACAGUUGACUAAUCAAGUGCCAGAGUGAAGUUGUUAAUUUCCAAUGUUGAUUUCUUUCAGCAAGUUUGCCGAAAUCUUAUUUGCUCAGUCACAGCAGCACAUCAGUGUUGUUGUUCACUGAGAUAAUUACUGUGCAUGUUCAUGGCUUUUCAUUUGUAUUCCUGUUUUUAGGUAUGGAUGUUGCACUCCUUUUUUAAAUGCCUUUUUUUAUUUAAAAUUUUUGUUGUACAUAAAGUGGAAAUAACAAAAACAA